AUGAAGAUCAUCCACCACAUAUACACGGUGUUCACCGGUCGCCUGUCGAGCUCGCUGUUCGGCGACACCUUGGAGAGGAACCUCGACGACGAGCUGCACGACGGCAUCGAGCAGUGGCAGCGCUUCAUCGCACUGCAUUCGAUGCGCCCCGACGCGACGCAAGAAAAACUCCAGGAGAUUGCGCAGAAGGCCCAUGACAGGGCGCUUCCAGUCCUGCUGGAGGCGCUGCAGCAGCAGGACGACGAUGAGGAUGUCGACGGCCCGGUGAAGGUGGAGGUGUGGAUCCCGCCCCUUGGCCCGUCUCCCCGUCCCACCAACCACUGCCGCAACGCCGACACGAUCUACGAGACGGUGUGCGUGUAUUUUGACAGCCACGGCAUGGCCGACGGCGAGGCGGCCAAGAUCUUGGAGACGCUCAAGAGUCAAUUCGAGACGGAGCUGAACGUGAUGGGCCACAAGAAAAACGAUGUGGCUGAUAUUGCCGUCCACACGUUCCGCGACGACACGGCUGCCGGGGACCCGCAGCUCCGCGGCGUCAUCGUGUUCCUGGGCCAGAGACGUCGGGGUCGCCGGCUUGAAGACGUGAGAUUAUCUGGCCUGCGAAAUGGUGGAAUC